AUGUCCAAUGAAAGAGGAGAAACCACCCCGCUCCUUCCAUCUACUGCUGAGCCGUCUCCUUCACGUCAACCAGAAGAUACACCUGAACAAGCGGUUGGAGUUGAUAUAGUCCCUACAGCAAUGGAUAAGGCUGCUUUAGCUUCAGUUCUUAUCGGGGCCGCUUUAGUUCUUGGUGUAUCAUGGUUUCUUGUUUUCUCGGGCGAUCUGAAGGCAAUGGGAUGGUUCGCAGUACAUCCACCAAUGCAAUCAUUAGCUAUAACAGCUUUUUUACUUGGUAUAACACCACUUCAGCCACCUGCUAGUAAUUCCAAUAUCAAAUCGACUAGGUUUAAAUCACAUCAAACGAUAAUGUUAGGAAUCGCACUUCCAGUAUUAGCGAUUGGAAGUGCAGCUAUGAUUUACAACAAAUAUUUACAUGGAGCUAAACAUUUUACUUCAUGGCACGCUAAAUUUGGUCUUGUUACUGUUAUUUGGGUAUUGACUCAAGCUACUAUCGGAGCUGCUACUGUGUGGUACGGAGGUAAAGCUUUCGGUGGUCCCAAUAACGCAAAGAAAGUUUACAAGUAUCAUAGAUUAUCUGGAUAUCUCCUCGUAACUCUGAUGUUAAUCACGAUUCACCUUGCUGGAAUUCACUCAGAUUGGGCGAACGGAAGAGGACAUAAAAACCUAAGGAUCCUAGCAUACUACAUUGGAUUACCUUUAAUAUGGAUUGGGAUCUUAUUGAGAUCUAGACCAAGCAAGAUGAAGUUUUUGUAA